UGGUGGUGACGUGUAUGCUUAUAUUCACACCGGUAAGGUCACGUGAGAAUGGAGUUAUGCCCAAUUGGAUCAAAGAUACGUUUUGCGGUCAAGCCAAGGGAGGUUACUCCAUGAUCCCCUGGGACUGUAGCGGGUACCUGCACUGCAGCAACGCCCACCUGGGGCCGGCGAGGUGGAUUAACUGUCCCCCCGGGCUCAGCUUUGACAUGAGCUCCAGGACCUGUGAAUGGGACUCCGAGUCGUGUAAUGCUGCAAAGAUGGCGCAGGUGGCUUCCAAAUGGUGCGUCAAGUUCCCCCAGUUGGUGUUCGACCACCCCGGCAGCUGUGCCCUGUUCUACAACUGCUCCCGGGGGUCGGGCACUACCCCCAAGGCUGGCCUGCUCCUGUAUGAAGACGAGUGUAAAUACCCCACUCUGUUCGACCCGGCUUCCGGUGGUUGUCGGGAAAACUCGGCGACGUGUAGGAAUAAGCCAGCUCGCUGUGAUUACGUGACGGAGUGCAGCCGCUCUGUCGACCCCUGCGCGACCCUGGCGAACGGAGGCCACCCCGCUCCAGGCACCCCGUUCUCCAAACACUACAUAAUGUGUGCAGGGGGUCAGACACUCAACACCCUCACGUGCGAUAAGCAGGGCUGGGUAUUCGACCCGGAAUGGUCCGUAUGUUCUAACGCCAUUCAAGAUUCUAUUAACUCGUUCUGCUCGAAGAACCCGAUGGCGCGCUUCCCCGACCCUGCUGACUGCGCCAAGUCCUACGACUGCACCAACCCCCAACAUCAGAUGGGGCUGCAGAUGUUCCAGAGGGAGUGCGACUACAUGCACCUCUACGACGCCGGCAGCAGCUCCUGCGUCAUGUUUGACAAACUUACAGUACCGUGUGGCGAUAGAUUUGAACCCAGAGCACCGUGUGAAUAUAAAGUAAAAGAUUGUUCGCAGUCCCAGUACUGCAUGCCGUGUUCAGCAAGCUGCGUUGGGCUCCCCGACGGCGACGUCCCGUACCCCAGCAUGCGCUACACCCGCUUCCACCUCCACUGCCGGAGCGGGAGGACGGUGGCGAUCAAGGAGUGUGCAAAAGGGGAGGUCUUCUACCCGGAAAUAAGUGCAUGCAGCACAACGACGCUGCAGCUUGCUGGAAACCCUACAGCAAGCGCUACGACGAGACCCACAUACAUCUUCCCCGCACCUGCGACUACAUCUACAGGGGCGCGCCCUACGUCAAUGCCAAGCCUGGCAAUUGCAGCAACACGCGAUCUCAUCACUGCAGCUCCUCCUGUGGCGCCUUCUCUUACCACCACCACUCCGCCUACAACCACGCCCUCUUCUACAUCAACAACUCCGCCCACCACCACGCCCACUUCUACAUCAACAACUGCACCCACCACCACGCCCACGUCUACAUCGACAGCUCUGCCAACAACCACACCCACUUCUACAUCAACAACUCCAUCCACCACCACACCCACUUCAACAUCGACUGCUCCGCCUACAACAAUGCCCACUUCUACAUCAACAACUCCAUCCACUACCACACCCACUUCUACAUCGACUGCUCCGCCUACAACAACGCCCACUUCUACAUCAACAACUCCAUCCACUACCACACCCACUUCUACAUCGACAGCUCCGCCUACAACAACGCCCACGUCUACAUCAACAACUCCAUCCACUACCACACCCACUUCUACAUCAACUGCUCCCCCAACCAUCACGCCCAGUAUUACAUCCUCAUCACUGCCCACAUACUCGCCAAGCACUACCACUUCAUCUACAACUGAAGCUACAACUACUACGUCGAGUGCAACACCAGCUAAUACGCCCCCGCAGUGUGGAUGUAGAGAGGAACUGAUGUUCAUGAAUCAGUCGCUAAGCAACCUUGCUUCAGACGUCAUUUCCAUCACUGCAAAAUUAAACGAAACACCGCCAGUUCCAUAUGAUUGUCUAACGCCACCGGGUGUUGCAUAUGCCACAGCAAAGAUUUCAUAUCAGCAUGAGAAGGCUGUGGCGACGUAUUCCUGCUUUGAUGGGUAUUCUGUGUGUAAAGGAGGACUGAGGAGUAUAUGUACGGGGGGUGACGUAUGGGACCAGUCAGCGUUGGGAGUGUGUCUCCCAAACACGUGGAAAAACUUGCCGGCCCCUGCCCUCGUGCAACUGACCUGCUCGCCUGAGGCGGGGUCCGGUCUCCUGGUCAAAGGCAGAUACAUACUGGACAAGUUUCGGCUCGCCCUAGGAAACAGUGGCACUGACAUGGUGUACCUCUUCUUGGAGGUCAACCCCUCCACACGGGAUGUUAUAGUAUGGAAUGAAGCCGGUCUCUCCUCGACCUUCACCUCGCCUGUCCCCCUCAGAGGAGAACUCGCCUGGACCAUAGGGUUCAAGGACACACAAUUCGAGAUAUUUGUAAACGGCCAUCACAUGGCUAGUAUCCCUCACUCUGCUGACCUUCACCUCGUGGACAAAGUCCUCAUCGACCCUGGCUUCUUGUCCGACCAAGUCACGUACUUCCCUCAGGGCGUCCCCAAAUCCACUCAGUGGAAAGAACCCAUGGUGACCAACAUUGGUCUAAACAAACCCUCAUCCUCCAGCAGUAACUCCGACUCCGUGGAAUCUCGCAGAGCUAACGACGGCGAUACUAACGUGGUGUGGACAGGGAACUCGUGCUGGUCAGCCAGUGAGGGUGACCCUAACCCCUGGUGGCAGGUUGACCUUGUUGGAACAUACUACGUCUCCCAUUUGGUCCUGACCAGCUUGGAAUGCAAAGGAAUGUGUGGAGUCCGCCUUCAUGACUUUAAAAUAGAGGUAUUCAAAGAGGAUCCGGUGUCAAAGCCUGGAGCGCUGGGGGUGACGUGCCACGUGUAUGGGGGAGUAUUCCCCCCUCAAACUGUCCAGAGACUAGACUGUGGCUUUGAUGCAGUGGGCCGGUAUGUGAGGGUCAGUGGCGUGAAGACUGGGGGUGUGUCCGACGUGAUGACCAUAUGUGAGGCCGAGGUGUACGGGGGUCGUGUCCAGGGAACAGGGUGGUCUCCCUUUUCCUGCCCCGACCCCCCACUUCUAGACGGCGCUGCUGUACAGCUAUCGUACACACCUGCCAAGGCCAUUGCUAAAUACACGUGCCAGGGUACUGACGUCAUGUGCAGUGGAAAUGACGUUUUAUCCUGUUCCAGUGAGACGGGGUGGAACUCCUCACCUGGGGCAUGCGUCAAGACAGUGCUGGAAGCGGGUGUUUUCGGCAGCAUGUCCGACUUCGCUAUUUGUCCCCUUGUUCUUGGAUCUGGGAUCGAGCUUUGGGCCACGCCUCUCCAGGACGAAGAGUCUCUGGUUCUGCACAGCGAGACCGACACUGUUCUGUUCAUGAACCUGACCUUACAGGCCACAGACAAACCAAUCCAGCUUAGUCACCUGGCAUCAGGAGCACUCUCUACUGCUGUCUACCCAACGAAAAACCCUUUCGUUAAAAACAAGGAAUCUCACAUAGUAAUGACAGUACUGUCGGAUCAUUUGUUGAUUGAGGUAGAUGGGGAGACGUUGUACAAGUACCUGCUGGAUGAAGCUGACGCUCACAAGGCAGAUUUCAUAACAUCAACUCCUGGAUUCCACAUCAGAAAAGCCAAACUAUACAAUGACAUGAUCUUCGAUGUAUUUAAAGACCCCGUACCUGGGAACCUGGCCCACAAUGCACCAGUGAACGCCAGCACCACCUACAGCAAUCCCGCCUCCUACGGCGUGGACGGGAACCCCACCAGGGCGUGGGAACAAGGGUCUACCUGGCAUGCGCAGACGGGAGAUGGUGAUCAGUGGUACCAGGUUGACCUUGGCAGACAGUACUACAUCCGGGACAUCAAGAUAGACAUCAACAACACGUGUCCAGGGUGUGAAAGUGUGAACUUAGCACUCAACAAACAGGCAUUCGGGAACGGCAACAACGGCGCACUUUCACGGUAUGACAACGCCGUUGACGGCGACCUUAACGCCGCCAGGAGCGGCCGCAGCUGCUUCACCAGCACUGGUGACACUGGCUGGUGGAUGGUGGACCUCGGCGACAGCUACGCCAUAGACAGCGUGGCUCUACAACCACCUUCUGAUGGCGACCCUGACCAACUGUCGGACAUGACGGUCCUGGUGUACCACACCAACCCAGAGACUGACCCUUCAGCCACGCCCACUGUGUGCAGAGACAUCCCUGGCCGCAUCGUAGCCUUUGACAAGAUACAGUGUGUUGCGUCGGUGUCCGGCCGCUUUGUUCGCCUACAGCAGAUGAGUAGGGUACUGAAGAGCCACUUCACUGUGUGUGAAGUACAAGUGUAUGGACUGCUAGAGGACAAGCUACACGAUUUCUCCAUCGACGUCUACGUCAACAAUCCACUCACCGACAAAACCAGUCCAGCCAAACCAUGCACCCAGUUCAAGGGGGACUUCCCCUCAGACGGCCCGCGGACACUUUCCUGUAGAGGGGACGUGUGGGGCCGCUACGUCAGGGUCAAGGCUGACAAAAUACAGGGCAAGGAUGACCUGAUGACCAUUGGUGAAGUGGAGGUGUAUGGCGACAAGAUGGUCAAGAAAGAGUGGUCUCCCCUUGACUGCCCUUCACCUCCAGAGCACCCUAACGCCCGUGUCACCAUCUCUCGGACAGCAAGAGAGGCUCUGGCCACAUACCGCUGUGUAGACGGCUUCUCCACGUGUAGCAGUGUCCACGCCCACUCGUGUUCCUCCAAGGAGGGGUGGGUGGGGCAGGUGGAGCCCUGCCUUCAGACAAGCUUCAGCACUAACAGCCCUGCAGGUCUUGAAACCGUCAUCCUGCCCUGUCCGCUGAAGCUAGGCGAGGCCAUUGAAAUGUAUGUCACCCCACAGACACCUGGAUCAAGCGUGACGUUUUUGAACUCACGAAAUGGAGAUAACAUCCUUAAGAUGAACAUGAAGUUCACCGACCCAGAGGACAAGUUCGAGCUCCUGACUGCGCCAAUGCGGCCAGCACCCACUAUAGUGGAGGUGCCGGAACUGCCAUUCACUCCCGGCAAGGAGUCUAAAGUGGUUGUCACUUACUUCUCGGACCACGUGGAUAUUGCCGUGGACGGCAAGUCUGUUUACGCCUACCCCAACAUCAUGGCCCCCCACUCCGUCGACCGCGUCAUCACCACCGCCGGAGCCAUGAGGAAAUUGUCUGUGCUGCCAGCUGGAGAUAUUCCAACUACACAAAGGUCGGGUCCGUUCGACUGCAGGUCACCGCCGCAUCGUCGACACGCCACCGUCGCCGUGACGUCUACAAGCACGUCCUUGGUAGCCCACUACAGCUGUGAAGCCGGCUUCUCGAUGUGUGGGGAGAUCAAGCCAAGCACCUGUGUCGGGGGCAUCUGGGGGGACCUACAGGCGCACUGCUUCAAGAGUGUCUGGCACUACUCUAGCACAGGGCCGCUUUAUCACCACAAUCUCAGCUGCCCUCUGUCUGUCAACUCGGAGGUCCGGGUCCUCGCCACGCCCACCGAGAACACGUGGUUUUCCGUACAGCUUGAGUCAGCUCCAGGAAAACAGCUGAUGUUCCUGGAGAGCUCCUUCACCGAGCGAGGCUACAAGACUUCCAGCAUCAAGGUGGUAGACGGCACCACAGUCAAGGACAUGAGGAAACUCGCCAGCUUCCCGUUUCAAGUUGGGAAGGAGUUUGAGCUGGUGGUGAAGGUCCGCCGUGAUACCAUGGAGGUGUUUAUUGAUGGGGUGAAGGUGACUGAGAUGAGGCUGAAGUUCCCCCUCUAUGGAGUACCAGCGUUGGAGACUUCCAACCUGGCCACCAGGAGAGUGGAGUAUAAACCAUCAAACGACAUCACCGACGUGAUCCACAACACCAGCCCGACCAACCCAUGGAUGGACGUUCCGAAACACGACAGGACCCAUGAGAUCUUUGAAGUCCAAGCUUGUAACGACGUUCUUGUUGACCUCCGGGAGAGCGAGGCGUCAGACAAGGGAACUACUUUUCUGAUCGGAGGAAGACAGAACACGUUGUCCCAGUGUGCGUCAUGUCCGGGGAACAAGUACACCAAAUGGCACAAGCCACUGUCGUGCUAUGGUUACAGGUCUUUCUGGGUGUCGUGGGAAACCCCGGGUACGGUGUCCAUCGGGAUGGGGGAGAUGGUGGGUGUCAACCCCAUCAUUGAGGAUGUAGUAACGGACCAUAACGUCGGUCUUCUGCGAGUUGGCACCAAUGGCACCGACGGCUACUGGAUAUUUGGGGAUAGCGAUGAAGGGCACAGUCUUAGCGAAGCAUGUCCUCGACCGGAAGUGUCUCCGCCACUGAAAGUAGUUCGGCAUAGCCACGUUGACUCGGUAGCUAUUACUGAGUAUUCAUGCGAUGAGAACUACAUUUUCUGCGGAGAGAGUUCCUUAUCGAGAUGUGAGAAGGGCGUACCUACGUCACAAGUACAGGGAACAUGUCAGAAGAACAAAAUUACCAGUGGGAGAGGUCCCAACACUACCACCAUGGACCUGCCAUGUUUCAUGGGUGAAGGGUCACUCAUCUCGGCGUACAUCACGCCCACAAACCCGGACAAUCCAGUAGAGAUCGAACUGUCGGGGUCAUCUUCAAGAAGUAUCCAGCUCGUCAUAGACUUCAACGCUCGGACAUUCUCGGCCACACAUUCUGAGGGUGGAACCAGAGGUCCCCUUGAGACAAUCGGAAGCUUCCCUUUCGCUGUCAACAAAGAGUCCCACAUCGUCAUUGGUUAUGAAGCAGGGGCCUACAAGAUCUACGUGGAUGGGAAGCUGGAGCACACGUAUACGUCGCCCGUCAGUCUCGACAAGAUGACGCACAUCAGCAUCCUCCAAGACUACCAUCUCAGGGACCUGCAGGCCUUCCCAAAGAAUUCUCCCGGACUCAGCGCGACGUGCAGUGUCACCACCGUCCCCAGCUCUCACGUCACCGGCAGCGACACGACGGUGGGCUCCGUGGCCUCUCUGCAGUGCGUCCAAGACUACAAAUUCUGCAGCGCCGACGACAAGGUCACGUGUGGCAAGGAUGGUCAGUGGUUAGUGGGACCAGACCAGAUCUGCAAACGCUACAGAUGGACGAACGUACCAAAGUUACCCAUGCCCAUGCUCUACCCUCCUCCAUGCCUACUGGUCGACGGGAUGGCCAUUAAACUAAAAGCCUCAACAGCGAACAGUUUCUGGUUUGACCUCCGGGCUGGGUCCGAGGCACAGCUGAUGGUCGAGUUCCACGUGGGAGCAGCUGGUGACUCCACCCUCACCUUCAAGACCGCCAUCUUGAAUAAUGUCUUGUUCUCGAAACAGAUUAUGAACCCUCCAAUGAAAGUCAACACAUUGUUCUCACUUCUCGUGGAGUUUCACGCAGAUAAAUAUGCAAUUGUCCUUGACGGCAUCCACUUGUACGACUACCUGUACAUCUCGCCCGCCAGCAGGACAGAGAACCUCAUCAUCACCAACGGCGUCAGCAUCACCGAACUGCAAUUCCUCGACACCAUACCCCCGCGGGGGUAACCGUGACCUGUCCACCCGACACAUGGCUCAGCUGACCACCCCUGCCUUCCCGUGACUGUCUGGUGAUGGCUCUAUAGCUGUGUGCCGGGAACAGUCCUUCGUUCAUACAUUUAAUAUCGUGUCACGUGCUCAUCGUCGAUGG